GCUGGCCGCUUACAGUGAAGUUUGUUUAGUUGCUAUUUUGAAUUCAAGUUAGUAGGAACAAUCCUCAAAUUCAGAAUAAGAAUCAAUAAUUGUGUAAUCAAUAGUUUGUCCUACUUUGUGAGUGACAUCAUCUCUUAAUUUGGAAAAUGAAUAGUUCUCAUUUAUCAAAAGGUUCCAAAGCACCUCCGCCAUUAAAAGGCCAUAAAAUCCGAUUGUAUAGUAAUCGAUUUUGUCCAUACUCGCAACGUGUAAUCUUAGUAUUGGAUGCUAAAAAGAUAUCAUAUGAAGUGGUAAAUAUAAAUCUUUCCAAUAAACCAGAAUGGCUGUUUGACAGAGUACCUGGAGGUAAAGUACCUGCAUUAGAAGUAGAAAAUGGAGAAUUUAUCUGGGAAAGUUUGAUAAUAGUGGAUUAUCUUGAAGAGAGGUAUCAUCAGCACCAUCUCUACCCCAAGGAUCCCUUACAAAAGGCCAAAGAUAGAAUUCUUAUUGAACAAUUUAAUAGGGUUAUUAACACAAUGUACCGAAUAAUGGUGAAUAUUGGAAGAAUGAACGUCAACGACGACGAAGUAAUAUCAACAGGCCUUUCCACUUUCGAAAAGGAACUAAGAGAAAGGGGUACUCCAUUCUUUGGUGGCACCAAACCUGGUAUGUUAGACUACAUGAUUUGGCCAUGGUGCGAGCGAGCGGAAAUCUUAAAAGUUUUCGGCAAUCAGCAUCUUCUAAGAAGAGACAAAUACAAGAAAUUGAUGGAAUGGCGAAACCAAAUGACUGAAGAAACUACCGUUAAGAAAAGCCUACUACACUCAGAUUACCACAUAAAAUAUUUACAGUCGUACCGAGCGGGUAUGCCAGACUACGAUCUGAUUCUAAAUUCCAACUGAACUGCAUCAUCACCAACACAUUAAGUCCCAACAAAAGAAUAACCAUAGUUUUAAUCUCGUAUUUCUUUUAAAGUCUGUUUUUAUACUAAAAUAUACAAAUGAGUCAUUAAGUUUGAUUCAUUAGCAGGUACGCAGAGAGAAUUUAAUUUUUUGUUAAUUGUUUAAAUUAUUAUAGCAUUACACAUAAAAAAUGCUUUCACGUGCUUUAAACAUAAAUAUAUUAUUAGUUGAUUUCGCAUACCAAUAUUUCGGAUAUCUAUGUUCAAAGCUACUAUAAUGUAGUAUUCCCAAGUUAUCUCAAUAUGAUCAGGUACAUUUGAUUUCUCUAUUUUAAAGAUUUUUCUAAAAAUUUCACUUAGGUCAUUAUGUGGAUAAAUAAGUCGUUCUUCUAAAUACAAAGCAGUAAUCCAGUCAAUCUUUAAAUAACGGCUAUUAGUCCUGUCGCCAGGGGGGGUACAACGGCCUCCUGUAUUCAGAUGGACUUACCCAAGUUUUUUUUAUGUAUUUUGACCUGUAGAACACGAAUUUUUUGGGUAACAGUUGAUCCGGAUGUCGAUAAGAUUGUUAUAAACCAAGAAGUUGAGGAAUCACAUAACAGCGAUUUCUCGCAAAACAAAACAUUUUUUUGUAUUUUUUGGGGGAUUCUAACCAAAAAAUGUUCCUACAAAUUUUUUUGUAGGAUGCAUAGUUUUCGAGAUAAACGCGGUUAAACUUUCAAAAAAUCGAAAAAUUGCAAUUUUUGAACCCGAAUAACUUUUGACUAAGAAAUAAAAUAGCAAUUCUGCUUACCGCAUUUGAAAGUUCAAGUCAAAUUAUAUCGGAUUUAAUUAUUUGUAUUGCUAAAAAUUUAUUAUUUUAUUGUUAAAAAAAGCUAUAAACACCUAGUACUUGAGUGAUGUUUUCAAUGAUUUCUCAUUUAAAAUCGAACGAGUAGGUAGAAUAGGUAGAAGUGCAAGCGGGGCUAUUUCUACGUAGCAUGCGUUAAAACGCAUGUAUUAGGCACCGGAAACACUAUGUGUUUGUAGCUUUUUUUAACAAUAAAAUAAUAAAUUUUUAGCAAUACAAAUAAUUAAAUCCGAUAUAAUUUGACUUGAACUUUCAAAUGCGGUAAGCAGAAUUGCUAUUUUAUUUCUUAAUCAAAAGUUAUUCGGGUUCAAAAAUUGCAAUUUUUCGAUUUUUUGAAAGUUUAACCGCGUUUAUCUCGAAAACUAUGCAUCCUACAAAAAAAUUUGUAGGAACAUUUUUUGGUUAGAAUCCCCCAAAAAAUACAAAAAAAUGUUUUGUUUUGCGAGAAAUCGCUGUUAUGUGAUUCCUCAACUUCUUGGUUUAUAACAAUCUUAUCGACAUCCGGAUCAACUGUUACCCAAAAAAUUCGUGUUCUACAGGUCAAAAUACAUAAAAAAAACUUGGGUAAGUCCAUCUGAAUACAGGAGGCCGUUGUACCCCCCCUGGCGACAGGACUAUAUGUAUGUAGAUGAUCGUUGUGUUGGAUAUCUAAUACCAUGAUUUUAUCUUUGAUAUAUUUAACCGUUGAUUGAAUACUCGAAAUUCGGCUAUUCAAUCAACGAUUUAACUCCAGACCAAACCUUUCACUCUCAUUUUCAACCAGGCAUAUGAGAUCCAUUAGGUCUUCUUAGCUGUUGGGCAGUAUCGGAAAAUUUCUUUUCUACUUGUCGCCAUUUUUUUUACCCAUUGCUUUCAUGCUCUUGUUUUGUUAUAUAGUCUACUCGUAUACAAAUUUUUCACGUAUAAAUUGUGUACAUAAUAUCUUUUCUCACAGACUUCGAUAUUUUUAUUGAGUGCCUUUUAUUGAGAUUUUUAAAGACACAUACAUCAGCUAAUUAUUAUAUCUGCAAAAACAUCACUAUUUGUGUUUGUUUUUGAAUUAUUAAAUAAAGGUAUAGUUGUUCCAUUAUAUCUUUGCACAAACGUCAUGAUUCAUUUGCAAACAAGUUAAAUCAAAACAUUAAGUGAAACGUACGUUGCGUCGAUAUGUAAUAUCAUUAAUAUGUAAUGUCAAUGAAAUAAUUAGGACAUGGAUAUUAGCGGUGGACAUAUUUUAUAAAGUUAUAAUGUACAUUUAUAUUUAACUGUGGUAUAAUAUAUUUAACAUAAUAUAACUUUAUAAAAUAAUAUAUAAUAGUCUCCCGUUUUAUACCGCUCACGUGGUUUUGGGAGUAUAGCAGGGUAGUCUGCUAUAUCUAGGGUCUACGGUAUACAAGAAAGGUAACAGGGCCAGUGCUACGCUUCCACCGCCUAUAAUUACCCCUGGUUUUACCCAAGGUACUCAUUUUAUUCAGGUUGAGUCGACCUGGGGCCUAUAAACAUUUUAAAAAUGUAGUUGUUCUUGCCGGCGGUAGCAUUUGAACUCCGGAAGCACACUGCCGCUUAGCUACUCCCCAGGCAACCAAAUAACGUUUACAAAACGUUGAAAAAACGUCAUAAUUAUCACCAAAUGACGUCAGUUUAUCACGUUUUUUCAACGUCGAAAAUCACGUGAAUAUGUCCCACCAUAAUUCACGUCAUUUUUAUCACGUUUUAAAUACAUAUGAAAAACGUAGUUUUUACGUCGAUUUGUCCCACCAUAAUUCACGUAAUUUUUAUCACGUUUUAAAUACGUGAUAUGAAAAACCUAGUUUUCUUAGAAGCAAUCUUAGAAGGCUAAAAAUUAAUUUAAUUAAACUCAAUAUCAUUUGUAUCAUUGUUAAAUAAGAAUAACUUAUGACGUAGAUAUAUUAAUAUUAUGUGACACAUGACUGAAGCUCGAAACAAAUGACUGUGAAUGAAAAGCCCUAUAACAGACGCCCUAUGGUUUGUGUCAAACAUGUUAUGUUUUUUCCAUACUAGAGGUCCAGUCAUUGGACUGACCUAAAGUCAAUUUUUUACUUCGAGCCCCAAAGUUGCUUAUUGUUAGAAUGUUUAUAAGUAAUAUAUUGCUAAAUAAAAGUUUCAAAAAAAAUUACUCAUACUUUAAACGAUACAAAUACAUAGGCAUAUUUUUAUUAUUGUUAUACGUUGAUAGUAAUUAACACAAUAAAUACACACUUAAAAGACUAAUAGAUAAAUACUCAUGAUGAAGAAGUACAUUAUAAUUAAAAAUGAAUAACCAUUUUCAUAUCGCCCCAACACGAAGCCAAAGCCGUCUUAUAUUUCAGUUUGUUUAGAGAGCGCAACAAGCACUCUGACCGAACAGUUUCAAAACUCAUUAGUUUUUCAUCAGAGAAUGCAUAUGUUGCUAUCUCCAAACCAUGUACAUAGCUGUAACGUCUGUACAUGCAUUGGGUUCUUCUUCUCUCUUGCUGUGGGCACACUCAGCUGCACGCCGGCCCUAACUUUAUAAAAUAAACUCAGUAUAAGUUGUAAAUUCCAAUAAACACAACAAAUGCGCUAAUGUCACUGUAACUAAAAAUUAUAAACGUCAAAAUUUAUAGUAAACAAGGUAUCAAAGACGUAUUGUUUAUCCUUGUUUAACUUAUUGUGGUUUCUAUGGACAAGCUGUUUAAUUUUGCGGUACUAGUUUCUGUGCGUAAAAAAAGAUACGUAGUAUAAAAAGUAAUUCGUGAAUAAUUUCAUGCAUGUGCAAAGAUAUAAUGGAAGGACUAUAAUAAUAUUGUGAUGGUAUAAAAAUUAUUAGGAUCAUCAUUAAUAUAUUAGUACACAGUCACAGUAUAGUAGGUGUACUUAAUGGUACUGUACACACAUAAUAUACAGAAUCUUCACCUUAAGCAUCUUUAGAUAGUAAUUUAUUUAUACCUACGGUCAAAUAUAUUAGUUUUGCAUGUAAAAUGUUAAUAAAAAUAAUUUAUUUACUGUUAAUUAUUUAAUAUUUUAUAUACCUAGUUGGACGUUUAAUAUACAGGGUAUGCCACGUUCAACUGAACAGAGCCUACUGUGUCAAUAGCUAACCUUAUUAGGAUCAAUUCAUAUAAAGGUACUAUACCUUGUUUUUAAUCCAGGAGGAGUAAACUAAAACAGAUCCACACCCAAUAAUUUCACUACAAAAAUUAUCAAAUACAUCUUCUUUUUUGGUUGAUCAUGUCGGCAUUCGACGGUAAUCAUAUCGUUAUACUAAAUACGUCGCUAAAAAGUUCUAAAAACAACUGUUUUUUAUAUAAAAGCAGACAAAGAAUCUAAAAAUUACAUAAAAAUUUCAUAACACUGGAGUAAACUUGUCUGCGGUUGGAUCAAUUACAAACAAGCAUUACCUCGCGGUGAAUUUGAAUUACUCCUUCUGGUUUAAAGACAGAGCAUAGCUAGAGCCAAUUCAGGCGCUUAUGCACUGGGUUGCAUGAGCCCAAAAUUCAGAAGAUGUUAUGAAAUAAUCAGAUACCGUAUGCGAGAAUAAUUUACGCCAUUGUAAUACACAUAACAAUACUAUCAAUGUAUACGUACGUCAUACAGUAUUGUCAUACAGUAAAACCUGUGUUGCCGGCCACCUGCCAAAAUCUGCCACCUGUACUUACGACUUACGGUUUCAAAAUUCCCCAAACCAAUUAUAUGUAUAUUCCCUUAUUUAUGACCUGCUAUUUACGGCCACCUUUAUAAUACGGAAGUGGCCAAAUAAUCACAUAUUUUUAAAGCCCAUUUUAUAGAAAUUGAAUGUGAAUGUCGGCCGAAAUAAUUUUGUUAAAAUCAUUUUGUCUAUUUGUUGAUCGAAAUUCCCAGUACUAUUUAUUAGGACCUAUUGUAUCUACCUAAACAGGAGAUUAAAUGACCUGUAUCGGGUCGGUGGUCACAAGGUUCUUAAAAUCCUAUAAUAAAAUGUUAAAGCGUUGUAAAAGAGAAACGUUUGUCACUAUUUAUAAGUAUGAUUUAAAUUCACAAAAGUUGGCCGAAAAAUAUGGUGUAAAAACUCAAAUUAUCAAAGGAUAUAAAAAAUAAAAGGGAAUUGAAAAAUUCUUUAAAAAAGCUUAACAUCAAUCUGUUUUUUCCGUAGUAUACAGUAUAUACCUACCUAGAUUUGUUUUAUAUUAUGAUAUUAAAGUAGCUUUAGUAGUUUCCGUUUAUGUAUAGAAUUAUAUUUGCUUUUAUUAACAAAAUAAACAAAGUUCCAAUUAUCUUUUAUGUAUUUGUGGACUACAAAAACUGGAAAUACCGGCCACCUUUCUAUAUCGGCCAAUAGUUCCUUCAUUUUUAGUGGCCGUUACUGACAGGUUUUACUGUAUUUAUUGCGGUUAUAUUUACAAAAAUAUAAUUGCUCAUACUGAAUGAAAGUCUACAUACAGCUCCACCUUUAUAACUUUUAUAUUAUGUAAAGUUUGUGCAAUUAAUUUUAAUAACACAUAGCGCACAUUUCUUAAUACAAUCCAUUAAUAACCAAUUGAUAUAACAAAAAGAAUUUUUUAGUGGUUUAAUUUAUUUAAAUUUGGAUUUAUAUAUUCAACCUCAACCUUAAAAUUCAAGUUUAUUUUGACAGUAAACUGUGUACAGCGUUAUGAAAGGAGCGCAUCCUGAAUAUUUUAAAUUUUCAAUUAAGUUCAUUGUAGGUACUAAAAUCUACUAAAAAAUUCUAGCUGGUGCUGAAUACCGUAUUUCUAUCAAAUUUGUCAUUUAUUUUCCCUGUAUAACUGUAGACUUUAUACCAGCAUUUCCCAACCGGUGGAUCGCGACCCACUAGUGUUCCUUAUGCUAUCAUCAUGGAUGAGGGAUGGGUCGCGAACAUCAGAAAGUGGCUUGGAACCACUGCUUUAUACUAUUGGCAUACCUUGUGUAUAUUUAUCUCUUUCUAUUAUAUACCAUUAAUAUACUAGAAUCACCCAAUAUAUUAGAUGUAUUUAGUUUUAUCAUAGGGCUGCUUUUUUAAUAAUUGUAUUUUUUCCUCUUUUUUACUCUUGUCACUAUUUAUUGUAUUACGAUGUAUAGAAUUAAUACAAUUAUCUUUUGUAUCAAUAUGUAUUGAGUUUGAAUGUUGUGAAUAUACUCUUUUGUUACGUUUUGUAAUGGUGCUGGUACUUAUAAAUAAAUAUUUUUCGUGAAAUAUA